AUGAGAAUCGCCACAUUACAGUUCUCACCGCGCCUGAGAGAUGUCGAGGGUAAUAUUGAACGCGGCGAGGAGAUCCUCAACAAAUGGGAGCAAAGUCAUGGCGAUGAAGCGCGGAAACUAGACCUGCUGGUCUUGCCGGAGAUGGCGUUUACUGGCUACAAUUUCUCUUCUCUGGAGACUAUCAAACCUUACCUUGAGCCUACUCGUUCCGGACCAACGGCAAAAUGGGCUCGUUCGACUGCACGCCGACUAGGCUGUGUGGUCUGUGUCGGUUAUCCGGAGAUCCGUGCUACUAAAUCCGACCAGACAUCGGUGCAAGAAUCCUCUGAAGCCGAAACAUCCAAUCUUGAACAUGAGAAGCGGUUCAAUUCGCUUAUUAUUGAAGAUUCGUCUGGAAAUACGUUGCUCAACUACCAGAAAUGCUUCCUCUAUUACACGGAUGAACCCUGGGCAUCUGAGGGAGAGAAUGGAAAGGGAUAUUUUCCACUUCCAGUUUCUAUACGAUCAAAACCAGGCGAGACACUCAGUAAUCGCUCACAAUCGACGGUCCACAUUCCCACGGCCGUUGGAAUAUGCAUGGACAUCAACCCUUACAAGUUCAUUGCUCCGUACACUGCAUACGAGUUUGCCACGCACGUCCUCGACAGCGGAGCAAAGCUGGUCAUCGUCUCAAUGGCAUGGCUUACUUGGCUUACCUCUGAGGAAUUAGCUGGCGAACCACAAACGCCAGACACAGACACGUUCCAGUACUGGAUCCAGAGGUUCUGGCCCUUGAUCACCAGGGACAGCUGGGACGGUGAGGAGAUCAUCAUUGUGUUUGCGAACCGGACUGGAGAGGAAGAGGGCAUGGAGGGGAAGGACACGGCGCGAUAUGCGGGGACGAGCUGCGUAAUUGGGAUUCGCAAGGCAAACGCAGAUGACGGAGACAACAGCAAAGAAGAGGAGCGGAGGUAUUUUGACGUCGACAUUGUGGUUUGGGAGAGACUUGGGCGCGCUGAGGAAGGCGUUUGCUUUGUAGAUACAGAUUUGCCUCCUAAGAUGGUUUUCAAGGUUGUCAGGAGGCAGGGAGAGUGA